AUGUCAAACUCUCCGCCGCCUCCGAAUGAUAGCGAUAUCCUGCCCCACAACCUCCACCACCUGAUACAACACAAUUCGAAUACUUCGUAUCCGCAGGAGCAGCAUUAUGACGCUGGAUCACGCCUGCACUCGCAUUACGGUUCUCCGAUGCCCCAGCAAGAUGACAGAUACUAUCAACAACAACAAGGCUAUGGAUACGAUCAAGGCAUGGGCAGCCAAUACGUAAGGAUUGAUGGACUUUCAUCGAAUGGCCGACUAACAUUCGAUAGGAUGGUUAUGGCAGACAAAUGUACCAAGAUCACUAUAGCACACCCGCAACGUCACCUCCAACCCCAUCAAUGA